UUUCAUUUCAAUUGUUUGGAACGUUUUUAAUUUUGGUGUUCCUAAAAUAACACGUGUGGCGCCAUUUGAUAGACUCCCUUGGCUGUUGCACACUUCAGGGAAAUAAAAAUGGAAUUAUUCGCUGUUAAUCGAUACGAUGUGGAGUUGGACAAAAAGCAAAGCAAUGAAGAUGAAAUUCUUCAAAAGCUUUUGAAAAAAGUUGAGAAGCGAAAACGUAAACAUUCGGAAUCUGAGAAGAAGAAACCAAAACAGGUUGAAGUGGAAGAUGAUGUGGUGGAAUCAAAGGAAACUAUUAGUACUAAUGACAUAGAUAAUGCUCUGCCAGAGGAAGAGGAUGUUAUUAAUGCGGGAACCUAUGACAAAGAAGAAUUAGAGGUCGAUGACACACCUGCUGCCCCUGCCUUUGAGGUUUUGGGCGAAGAUGUGAAUGCCAAACGCCGUAUUGAGGUACAAGCUGUUUUGCCUGCAUGGCUGGCUCAUCCACAUAUCAUUUCCACAAGUGUGGCAGCCCCAUCUGCGGACACAGCUGAGGAUAGUCUGGCAGAAUGCACUUUCCUAUCGCCACAAAUUCGAGGAGCCCUUAAAGAAAUGAAAAUUUCACGUUUGUUUCCUGUACAAACUGCGGUUGUACCAUGGAUUUUAGAUGCCCAUACAAAACCGGCACCGUUUAGGCCACGUGAUGUGUGCGUUUCAGCUCCCACAGGCAGCGGUAAAACUUUGGCCUUUGCCAUACCCGUUGUGCAAAUACUAGCACAACGUACCGAACGGAAGAUAAGAGCUUUGGUUAUUCUACCCGUUGCCGAGUUGGCUUUGCAAGUCUAUAGAGUAUUUAAGAAACUAUGCGAGAAGACCGAUCUAAAUGUUUGUUUGCUAUCGAAUCACACACCCCUACCGUUGGAGAAAGAAAAACUUGUGGAAUCCUACAAAGGUCAAUGGUAUUCAAAGGUGGACAUUGUGGUCACAACACCCGGACGUUUGGUGGAACAUUUACACGGCACCGAAGGUUUUUGUUUGAAAAAUCUAAAAUUCUUGAUUAUUGAUGAAGCUGAUCGCAUCAUGGAUGCUGUCUUUCAAAAUUGGCUGUAUCAUUUGGAUACCCAUGUCCGGGCCACAUCCGAUCAAUUGUUGUCCGGCCAAUCGGCACCUUUGUGCUACAAUGAAUUGGAAUUCGCAUAUGAUCGGCAACCCCAUAAAUUGUUAUUCUCCGCCACCUUGUCGCAAGAUCCAGAGAAGCUACAAAAUCUCCGACUCUUCCAGCCAAUUUUGUUCACCUCAGUGCUGGAUAAUCUUAAAGAGCUUCAAGAUAAGUAUGUCGAAAUGGCAACAAGCAAACCAGCAUCAGGUGAAUUUAUUGGCAAGUAUACCACACCGGCUGAGUUGACAGAGAAAUUCUGUCUGACUCAAAACAAUUUAAAGCCUUUGACUUUAUUUGCCCUCAUCAAGGAACUAAAAUGGCAAAAGUUUUUGUGUUUCACCAACAGUGUGGAGGCUAGUGAGAGAUUGAAUUUCGUAUUGCAGCAAUUAUUUUCAGAUGAGAAGAUAAGAAUUGCUGAACUAAGUGGCAGUCGUGGAAGGAAUAGAUGUUCUGAAUUGUUGUCUAAGUUCUCAAGAGGUCAGAUAAAUGGUUUGGUGUGCUCCGAUGCCUUGGCCAGAGGUAUAGAUAUACCGGGAGUGGACAUUGUUAUAUCCUAUGAUCCCCCACGACACAUUAAAACCUAUAUUCAUCGUGUUGGUCGUACUGCCCGUGCCGGUAGGCCAGGUACGGCAAUUACAUUGCUAUCCCAGCAUGAGCUGGAUAAGUUCCAUAAACUCCUCAACGAAGUUGGUAAAGUUGUUACCGCCGAACAGGAGACAUUCCCCGACAUCGAAGAGGCCAAUGCCAAGAAAUACCAAGGUAUUCUACAACGUCUACGCGAAAAACUAGUCCACGAUAAACGUAAGAAGAUCUUGGAAAUGAAUCGUGCCCGUGAAGUUAAGGAAUUGGAAUCACAAGAUGUUACAAAACUUACACCAAUGGAGAAACUGCAAAUGCAGGCCACCAUAAAAAUCCACGAUUCUACAAAAACCCAUGAAAAUGAAAAACUUUCAAACAAGAAAUUGAAAAGUUUCAAUCGCAAGUUCAAGAAGAAUGCGGCAAAGGCGGAUAAUGCUGUAAAGAGUCAAGACACCAAAGCCAAGGGCAAAAAGGCAAAUAAACGGAAGGGAAAUAAGGGUGCCAGGGUGAAAACAAAUAAAUUCAAACAAAAGAAACCCCAGAAUAAAAAAUGAGGUGUUUAGGGAGGUUCGAUUCUUGUUUUGUAAAAUAAGUAAUGUUUUUAGUUGCUACUACUAUUACUACUUUGUAUGAAAAGUAAAUAGACGAUGUAAUGUAAAACUAAUUUUGCUAUGACAUUUCAUAAAAGUUCAUUCAGAAGAUAUAA